AUGCGGUCUCGCCGCGGCGCGUGGAUUGUUUCCUCACGGAGGGAGAUAUACUCUCUUCGCCUACCCUGACAAGCUCUCGUUCACCAUCCGCGCGACCAACCGCGUGCCACGCUCUCGCAAGCCGCUCUCCGCAAAGCACGCGAAUUCCCUCGUCCCUCUUCACUCACCUUACGAUUUUAAAUCGCAAAGGAUCGAGGAUCAUGCCAGCGGACGCCGAACUCAGCAGCCUGCUCAGCAGGCGGCAGAGGAUCAACGACGAGCUCGAGGAGGGCAAGGAGGUGAAGAAGCAGUACAAGUUCGUGAACGUUUACACCGAGUUCCACGAGCUGUCGCGCCGCGAGAUCAAGCAGUACGAGCAGACCUUCAACAGAUUCGAUGAUGGUCACGACGGCUAUCUCGAUCUCUCCGAACUGAAGCGAAUGAUGGAAGUUCUGGGUGCACCGCAGACGCAUCUCGGACUCAAGGCGAUGAUCCAGGAGGUCGACGAGGAUGGCGACGGCCGCAUAUCUUUCCGUGAGUUUCUAUUGAUCUAUCGCAAAGCACGGGCCGGUGAAUUAGAGCAGGAUUCCGGAUUGAGCCAGCUGGCCAGACUCACUGAAGUCGACGUCGAUGAGGUCGGUGUCACGGGCGCUAAAAACUUCUUCGAGGCUAAGAUCGAGCAGCUCCGGAAGUCCUCGAAAUUCGAGGACGAGAUUCGCAUGGAGCAGGAAGAGCGGAAGCGGGAGGAGGAGGAAAAGGCGGCGAGGCGGGAGCAAUUCCGGCAGAAAGCCGCGAUAUUCGGCAAGUAAUUGCGCAGCGAAAAUCACGGGAGAGAGCGAAAGCUGCCGACUCGCUCGUUAGAAUGCGAAGACGGAUUGUCUUGGAUUGCUUAGGUUUAUUUCCGAUGCUCGAAGCCGAUGAAGCGAUAUCCGAUGCCAACGUGCGACUCUAUAAACCAUUUGAGUGCGCUCCGAAGCGACGUGAAAUUGCGGUUCGAUCACGACGUACGGUGAUUGUCUGCAGGAGAAACGAGGAUUGAAAUCGAGCGACACAAACGAUAUAAUUUUCAAUGCUGUUAACGCACGAGAGAAGAAUUUUACACCAGUCUCUAACUUUGCAAAUGAUUAUUCGCCAAAAUUCGAGACUCGAAACUUACAAUUAGAUCAUCGCCUAUCGAACGAUGUCAAAAUUCGAAUUUAGCGAAAUAACUCUUUCAAUCCUCUUGAAGACUGUUUGGAAUUUUUGCAGUUUUCGUUGUCGAAUAUGCAAUAUGAACGCUUUUGAAAUCCCCUCCGGACUUCAAAAUGAAUAACAAUAGUAAAAAGAAUGAAUUUUCUUGGACUGUGAUUUUUAUUUUAUUUCUUGGAUCGUGAUUUUUAUUUUAUAUUUAUUUAUAUACUAUAUGUGUCUAUCGUGAUUUUUUGACGCAACAUUGCAAUAAUAUUUGGAAAGCACUAUUAUAAAAUGCUAUAAAGAGAUUUUAAUAACGUUCAUAUCAUGUAAACGAACGAAAUUAUAUGAGAAAUCAGCCAUUUGGAAAGCGGUUGAUAUUUAAUACAUAUCUAUCCUAUAUAGAGAUAUAUUUUAAAGUUGGAUAUAGCGCGCAAACUAGAGUUUUACUUGCUGUUUUAAUAGCAAUCCUAAUAUCUUGUUGUAAAAUGUUUAACAAAAAAGAGUUAAAAAGCACAUGAUUAAUUGAUGUUUGUAAAGUGUUAUUUAACAUACAACUGUUGACGUUCAAGGAUGCAAAGUCCAAUGAAGUUUAGAAGAGUCAAUAUCGAAUAGUUGGCCUGUUUUUUAUCACAAAUAUUACUUGACUAUCGUAUAUAACAUAUUUUGCUCUUGAUUCCUAUAGAAUAUAAUGAGUAGACUGAAGACGGAAUUGAUAUAGAAACCGAUUUUGUAUUCAAGAAAGAAUGACUUUAACGACUGCUGGAUCUUCGAUAGUGUAAGAAUUGUAAGGUUUUGUUGGCAAAUGUAUCUUAAUUUUUAUUAUUAAUGAUAAUUAUUUUGUGUAGAAAGUUUGAUUUUCUUUUCAUUAAAUGAAAAUUCUUUGUCACGUUAAACAACGCCCGUGGUAUGUGUAACGUAAGAGAUGCUUGUAGAUAUGUUGUAUAUUCGUGCGGAUGCGUGUGAAUGUAUGCCAACCACGCGUGUUAUGCUCAUUUCAUUAAAAAUUUGGAACAUCGGUUAAUUAUUUGCGGUACGCGUACAAACGCGGAAAAAUUUGAUGAACAACAAAUUCAGUCCUAUUGCUAUUAUUUUGAUUUACAUCUUAUUCUAUUUAUUCCUUUAAUUUCAAAAGAUUGUUUGCUAGACUUGGAUUGAUAGUUAUAUAUAUUCAGAUCAAGAUAAUUAUAUAUAUUCAGUUAGAGCGAUCAAGUGUGAAACCAGUAGAGUUUUCGGACGUUUUAAGCAAAAAUUUAAAGGAUCAUGAAUGUGUCCAGAAUAUGUUAUUGUGAAUUAUAACAUUAUUUGUAUCCUAUUAUUUUAAUCUUUUUUAAUCUUUGGCUUUUAUUCAAAAUAUAAGUUUUUAUUCAAAUAUGUAAGAUAGUAAUAUUUAUUGUUAACAAUUUUAUUAAUUGUAUCAAAUGAUUCAUAACUGAUCAUGCCUAUCGCAAACAGUAAAAUUCUUAUUUUUCUAUUUUGACAAACUUCUAAUAAUAAUUUAUCAGAAUUUGUAUUAAAAUAUUAAUUCUGAUAUUUUUUAUCGCCUUUGCAGUAUAAAAUAUAUUUUCAUUUGCGAACAUUUACCUUUUUAGAGACACAUUCUGUAUAUAUAAUCGUAUUAUUAAGUCGCAAGUAUAUCUAUUGUAAAAAGUGUGUAAGCUAUAGAUUGUAAAUAGAUUUAUUUUGCUGCAUCAAUUUUUUAUGUAUCUGAUUUAUGAACAGCAUUAUAUUAAAAUUAUGGAAACUC